GCGCAACAGGAACUGAGAUGGCAAAGUAUUCUGUAGAACUGCUUUAUUUAUGUACAGCUUUGGUAUUCACCUUAUGGAGAGUAGAAGGUAUCUCAUUAACUUCUGUGUUGAAAAAACCAACAACGCGAAUUCAGCUUGAAUAUGGGGAUUUUGAACACCUUGUGGGAUUGAAAAAGGGUUCUUCAAGAGGCAAUACAGUGGCAUUUUCAGCUCAACUUCCAGGCAACCUAAAAAAUGUCAAACCGUUUGAAACGAUCAAGUACAGUUCCGUUACACUCAACCCCGGAAAUCACUACAACGGGAAGACGGGGGUCUUUACAGCGCCAUCUCCUGGCAUUUAUUAUUUUUCGUGGACAAUCUUAGCCUCAGCAAAACAACCAUUCAAUACUGCAAUUGUGGUCAACGAUUCAAAAAGGUGGAAAGCUUACAAUUACUGCAAUCCAAGUCCCUUACGUCAGCAAAUGUGUUCCAAAUCUGUCCUCGUCCAACUGUCAACUGCGGAUCAAGUAUGGAUUGUGGCCUACCAAAUGUCUGUCGAGAGUGCUCAUGGUGGCACUUGGCCACAAUUUUCUGGAUUCAAAUUAGCCUAGCAUAAUAUAUGUGUAUUUUAAGAAUGCUAUACAUUUAUAUUUCACAUAAAACAAAUUGAAAG